UAAAAAAUUCAGGUAAUUUACUUCUAUAUGUCAUUUUUCUCGACAUUAUAUUUCCUAUUAAUGUUUGUUAAAUAAUUUAAUCUUAACAUUGUGAACAGGUUUCGUUACCAGAGGUUUAAGUGUAUUUAAUAUUAAUACAAAAGAACUAAUGAGCUUAAUCAACGAUUAUAAAUAAAAAACAAAAUAUUAGUUAUAAAAAAAAACUUGUGGAAAUGUUGCAAAAAAUCAAUAGUUUACUACGUAUUACUGGUUAUGGUCAACAACUAAGCACGCGUUACUUAAAUUUUGUGCCUAUAGUAGUGGAACAAAGUGGAAGAGGAGAACGCGCAUAUGAUAUCUAUUCUCGUCUUUUAAAAGAGAGAAUAAUCUGCCUUAUGGGUCCGAUUACAGAUAAUGUUUCCUCAGUGGUUAUAGCUCAAUUACUUUUUCUUCAAUCAGAGAGUAGUAAAAAUCCUAUUCAUAUGUAUAUUAACUCGCCUGGUGGUAGUGUAACAGCAGGGCUGGGUAUCUACGAUACUAUGCAAUAUGUUUUACCACCUGUUGCAACGUGGUGCGUAGGUCAGGCAUGCUCAAUGGCAAGCUUACUUUUAGCUGCUGGAGAAAAGGGCAUGAGGCAUUCUUUACCUAAUGCUAGAAUUAUGAUUCAUCAACCAUCGGGAGGAGUAUCCGGUCAAGCCACGGAUAUAGAAAUUCAAGCUGUAGAGAUAUUAAAACUUAAAAAACAAAUAAAUAACUUAUAUGUCAAACAUACAGGACAGAAACUAGAAAAAAUACAGAACUGUAUGGAAAGGGAUAAUUUCAUGUCUCCUCCUCAAGCAGAGGAGUUUGGAAUAAUAGAUAAAAUACUUGCCCAUCCUUUGGAAGAAGAAGAACAAAACUCACCCACGACGACGUUGUCUAAGGAUACUGUAAAUGCCGCUACACCAACUUAAUAUUGCUUAUAGUUAAAUUGAAGAUCUACUAUGUCGUAAUCACUUAUCUUCAGGCACAAUGAAAAUGUCUUCGUUUUAUAUAAGUUUUGUAUAUUCAUGGACGUAUUCGAUCUCACAUACUACAUUAUAUAAAAAUAUUUAAAGACACUUUGAUCUCUUUGAAUAUUAAUAUAUAUAUAUAUCUUUAUACGUGUAUGUUUCUUUCUUUAUGCAUUUAUCAUACACGUACCAUACAAGAUAAGCGCAAUAUGUGUUUAAGCAUAUAUAACUGGGAUGUAAAUAUUUAUAUAUACAGGGUGGUAAAAAAAAGGAUUCGAUAUUUGAAGGGCUUAUAGUACUUAUCGAGACAAUUAAAAAAUGUCUAAUCAACAUAAAUCUUAAAAUCAACCCUUCCGAAAUAAAUAAACUUUUAUUAUUUAUGAGCGUUCAAUAUUGUAAGCAAGCUCUUUUGGCAACAUAUUGAAUCGACACAUAGUAUUAAAAGUCCUUCAAAUAUCGAAUCUUUUUUCUUUU